UAUAAACGGCCUUAUAUCUUAUCUCCUAAAAUGCCUCUUUAUGUGUAAGUUGUGUGUACCAUUGUAAACGGUUUGGUUGAUUCGUACUCUAAUGACGGAGGCACUCUAUUAUUACCAAGGUUUUAAAAACAUAUAUAAGAAGGCGGCCGAGAAAGGAUACAGGCAGCAACAUGAGUUCAGGUUUUUCAUCAAAGGUCCCCGAUUGCGUGGUCCAGACAUGCUACGAGUACGAAGGCGUCAUUAUGCCUCUCUCCAUGCCCUUGUGGGUGCUGAACCGCGUCAGGAAAUUCGAAUGUCGACCCGAUGACCUGUUUAUUGUGACCUUUCCGAAGUCAGGCACAACGUGGUUGGAGCAGCUGAGUCUGUUAAUUCAACAUGACGGUGAUUUCAGCAAACUGGAAGGCACCCACAUCAUGAAGGCAGUUCCAUUCCUUGAGACCGUGGAAGACGACCGAAACCCAUCGACAUCACCGCUGGUAAUCGACAAGGCUGAAAAGAUGGCGUCACCAAGGAUACUCAAAUCUCACUGCCAUUCGCCUUUCCUACCCCAGGAUAUCAGCACCGAUGAUCCGAAAGUUAAGGUGAUUUACGUAGCCCGGAACCCAAAGGAUACGGCUGUUUCCUACUACCAUUUCUGUCAUUACAUUCCUCUCCUCCCAACCUAUGAAUCUUGGGAUAUGUUCUUUGAAGAGUUUCUAGCUAACAGAGCUCCUCAAGGAUCUUGGUUUGAAAACGUGUUGCCAUGGUGGAGGAGAAGAAAUCAUCCAAACGUUCUUUUUCUCAAGUACGAAGAUAUGAAAAAGGACCUACCAGGAGCCAUACGACAGAUUGCUGAAUUCAUGGGAAAGUCCUUUUCAGAUGACGCCAUCGAAAAAAUCGCGGAAGCUUCGACGUUUAAGGCAAUGAAGAAGAACCCUUCAUCGAAUCCAGACACUGUGCUGCAGAAGAGCAACCAGGACUCCUCAUUCAUGAGAAAAGGUGUGGUUGGAGACUGGAAGAAUUAUUUCACUGACGAACAGAACAAGCGAUUUGACGAGCUGUACGAUAAGGAAAUGGCAGGCUCUGGACUUGAAUUCGAGUUUUAGGAGUUGCUGAUAGGCCGCCUUUGACCAUUGCCAUGGUCGACCAGAGUCAAUAUUUAUUUUAUUUUAAAUGACUUUAAAAUUGUGAUACACAUUCACCUACAGCUCUCAAAAAGAGGACAGUAGACAUUGUAAAUGUUCUUUUUAACAGGACCUAAUUUCUAGUUUCUAUGAUUCUUUAUAUUUUUAACUAUUUGCCAAAGAUUGAUUUUAUGCUGCAUCGUCAUUUGAUAAUUUAUAGGAACAUGAUAGUUUUUUUGUUUUGUUUGUACAUCCAUUUUUGCUGUAAAGUGGUUGUUACUUGCUGUUUCCCAUGUUAGUGAUUUAUAAAUAAAGAAGAAGUUGCGGGCAGAAUUUAAUCAUGGAUCUACUACGUAGUAGGUCCAUGAUUUAAUGCUUGCAACCCAUUGUAAUAAUACCAAGUGCUGUGAGUUUCCUUGUAUAACAAUUCCUUUCUACUUCGAUUAAUUACACAUGCUAUAGUUUCAUCAUUAUCGUUUCAUCAUUUAAACUACCUGUAAUGUCAAUU